AUGUUUAUUUAUUUUUCAUUGUCAUGCAAAAUUGUUGUCAAUAAAUUGAUUGAAACCAAAGUCAUGGACGAUUUAAUUGCGCCUCAAAUUAAAGAAAGUUGUAGGCUAGCUAUGCCUGAUGGCUUGAAAGAGCUCAUGAGUGAUAUUUCUAGAGAAGUCUUAAGAUACCAGCCACAAGACCUCUACCAGUUCAUAGCAGAUUACCUAUCGGCCCUGCUCAUAACGAGAGAGAACCUAUCCAUUGCCAGUCAUAUAUGCGGUGAUAUGACUCAAUGCGGUUGUGAACCAGAGUUGCAACACGAGCUGAAGCAUUUAGGCGUGCAUGAAGAGGAUAUCAUACCUGCUAGGGAUAUUAUUGUCAAAUGUUUUGAGAAGGGCGAAGUGAACGAAAGCUCUCUAAUAUUGAAGUUACUUAGAGAAACCAAAAUAGACCCGAAUAUAAUUCCGGCUGUCCUGGAAGCAAUCCGCAAUGCCUUCAUACGACAUGAGGCGCGCAAAAUUGUUAAAUGUGAGUCAUCAUCAGAAUGCACCUAUGAUGACAUGAUGAGAGCAGCCAAGCAUACACUGAAUCUGUACAAAGGAACUGCGCCAUCAGAUGAAAUGUACAGAAUUAUGGCUGAGAAGAUACAGAAAACCUACCGCGCUUACGGGGUGCGAAGACACAUGAAGCCUAAAGACCUCUCAUUGAAACCACCAGCUAAGGAGGGAGACACCCAGGCAGACCCUAAUGCCUUACCCGAUAGCGCAAACACUGUCUCCCCUAAGACAUUGUCCUCUGGAACUGUUUCUUCAGAUUCCUUAACCGAGGAUCCAGAAAUUGCGAUGACAUUACAUAUGAGUAAAAUCAGAAUGAAAACUUUAUCGUCAACAUCCGUCGCCGGAUCGUUAGUGAACUUGCCUCAUUUCAAGCCAUACUCAGCCGAUGAGCAAGGCCUGUCAGACGUCGAGGAAUAUCCAGAGAAAGAGCACGCACACAUGGAUUACACCGCAGACAAUCCUCACUUCUCUGUGGUAUACGAUGAUAAGGAAUUCUUCAGAAGAGAUAGGAAGAUCAGCUUCAGUGAUACGGUACCAAUGGGAGAAAAAUUUGAACUUCUUGGCAGUGAUCACCAUGAUGUUUCGAUUGGUUUGAAUAACUCGAAUCGAUCAAAUACAUCGAAUGAAAAGGGGUUUGUAAAGAAAGUUGAUAGUAAUACAAGCAGCCUUAAUGAAAUUGGAAGUGAUGUAAUAAGGUUGGAAGACAGUGAUAAUAAUAACGAUGACAUUUUAGAAGAACUCCGAUAAUCGAACAAUAAUCGAUCAAAGCGUUUUCAAAAAUUCGAGUUAGGUACUUCAGUUUUUUUAUUCCCCUUCUUAAAAAGGAGAAGGUUCUCAAUUCGAAAGUUAUUAAUGUUUUCUUUUUAGAAAAUUAUUGUAUAUGAUAAAGAUUUGAUUUUUCUAUCAUUGUGUGUGCAACAAACCCAUAUUACCGAUUUUUUCAAUAUCAAAAUUAAAGUGGAUUCAAGAAUAAUAAAUCACAUUUUUA